GAAAAUCUGCAACACAUGUUUCGAAAAGAUUAAUAGGGAAAUUCUGCCUUCGUAAACGCUAUUUUAAAGAAAUAUUUUGCACAACAACCUUUUCUAAGCUACAGAUUAACAAUGUGAAGUGCGAGGCUAUGUUUCGCCCCGGGAUUUGCCAUAUUAAACUGAAGUUUUAGGCAAGUAAAACGUUUUUAACGAGCGAGUUUCGUGAGCCGUGACGGGGCUCAUGUUUCGGUGUGUGGGGGAAUAGUACCGAGGUGUGACGGAAUGAAUGCGGGAAGUGCUGACAAACCAAAGUCCCGCUUUUAUUUUUCAAAUACCUUGACACCACAAGAUGCAUUCGAGGAAAAUUUGGAGAAAUGCCGGAAGACUGUCAACGAUCUCACAAAAGAUUUAUCCGAUAAGCAAGCCCAUGAUGCUUUGAGUGCUGCUGUGUCGAAAGGGUCCCAAAUGCAUGAGGAAGUAUGCCUUGGGUUACUUCAUAUUAUACUCACCGAAUCGAACAGUGCCCAUAAUGCAUUUCGUGACCUCAAUCUCGUUAGCAGAGAUUCCAUGGUUCUCAUUGUCAAUAAAUUACUACAAUUAAUAUCGGAGAAGUACAUUCGGUUGAUGGACCCAGUGAAAACCCAGAUUAUGUGGUUGACAUUGAAAUUUGUUGGUUCGAACAUUGGCGGCGCUGACGCUAUCUGUCAUGCUCUGUUAAAGCAAGCAGCCGGUGGUGAUUUACAUGCAACUAACAUUUGGUUAAUAGAAUCCCUUUUGAAUUUGUUCAUGCAAAACCGAAGCUGGCUUGAAAAAUUUCCUCAACUACUGUCUGUUGUGCUGUAUAGCUACUUGCGAUUAAUUGUGGACCAUACAGCAGGUGCCUACAAAAGCCUUCGACAAAAAGAAGUCACUUUCUGUGUGUCUAUUCUUCGUGAACGUUUUCUUGAUUGCAUGCCAAUUGGGCGAGAUUUAGUCCGGUUACUCCAGAAUGUUUGUAAAAUUCCAGAAAUCAAAUCCCUUUGGAAGGACAUGUUACAUAAACCACAGUCGUUAAGUUCACAGUUUACUGGAAUUGGUCAGCUUUUGAGCGUGCGGACAUCCCGUAAAUACUUGGCAUCCCGGCUCACCCCUGACAUGGAAAACAAGAUUGCAUUUCUGACUUCGAAAGUAAAGUUUGGAAAGCAAAAGUGGUACCUUGAAUGGUUUCAGAGACAGUACCUUACCUCACCGGAAAGCCAGAGUCUUCGUGCGGAUCUCAUUCGAUACAUUUGUGGAGUUGUUCAUCCUUCCAAUGAGAUUCUUAGCUCUGAUAUCACACAACGAUGGACCUUGAUUGGUUGGCUUUUAUCAACUUGCCCAAACAAUGUGAGUGCAGCAAAUGCAAAACUGGCACUCUUCUAUGAUUGGUUGUUUUACCAAGUUGAUACGGACAAUAUCAUGAACAUUGAGCCGGGAAUAUUGGUUAUGUAUCACUCUCUGAGAAACCAUUUCCAACUUACUGCCACAUUGCUUGACUUCCUUUGUCGAUCCGCACUUGAGUAUUUUCAGCAAGGUCAGCCAUCAAAAGAUUGUGUCCGAAAUGCUUUCAGGAUUAUUUUGUCCAAGAAAGUUGUUAGCUCAAUCAUGCCAAUUAUUGAUAACCAACGAAUGGGACAAGAACUUAAGAAUCUCGUCCGCAGCACUUUCCCUGAGUUUUUCCAGCCUGUGAAUGGCACUUCGUCAGGAAAAAUUCCUGACCCACCAUCCGGUGGCAAAAUGGACAGUGAGAGUGGAAUUGUUUCAAAUCUAGAUGGCCAUUCGGAUUCAGACCCUGCUGAGGGGAUGAGCGAUGCUAAGUUUUCAGACACUGAAGACGAAGCCGAUGUUCAGGUGAACGGAGAAAAAGGGAGUGUUAAACUUCGAGAUGGAAAGUUUCGACCAAUUGCUGUUGAGAAAGCUGGUGAUGAGAAGGACGAUGAUGAUGAUGAUGAUGAUGAUGGUGACAUGGUUGAUUUUGAUGAGCUUGAAAAGUUGGACGAAGACCUUCGUGAGAUGGUUCUGAAAUUACACCAAGAUAGCAAUAUUGGUGCUCGAUGUGAUACCAUGGAAAGCAUAGUUGCUUUAGUAGUCUCGUUAAAUGACUUUGACGAUGAAAUGAACAGUGCAUUAGCUACUUGUUUAAAUAACAGCAUGGUUGAAGAUUACUAUCAGUUAUGCCUGCCAGAGAAAGUGACUGGCCGAGAACUUCAAGACUCUUUGGAAGGACCACUGUAUACAUUGUUUGCUAAACUGAUUCACCUACCUACACAUGACAUUGGCCGAGAGACCAUUGUCAAACUUUUACAAGAAAUGAAGUUCAGAGAACCAAAACUUGGUUAUCAUUUACUGUAUUAUCUUAUGGCUAGUGAGCAAGAUGAAGAAAAUCUUUCUAUUUAUGAAGAGUUCAUUCGAACAAUGAAAGAUUUUAAGUCUAUUUCUGCAAGCCUAUUGGAAGAUAUGAAAUUAUGCCAAACAUACGACCCAAGAUUGUUUGUCUUUCUAGCACCACCACUGUAUCGAAAGUUCUCAAAAGAUCUUGUUGGACAUGUAGAAAUGCUUCAUUUACUGGUUGCUAUUGUUGAUCCUUUACAGCUUAGAGAGCUGCUUCACGAAGUAGUCUUGCGAGAUUUGGUGAUAUUUGGAGAAGACAAUGUGUAUGAUGUAUUAAAGGAGUCAUUAUCUUGGGAGUCUUAUGAACAGUAUAAUGUGUGGCAGUUGCUUUGUGCUGAAGACCCUCCGGUGGAGUGUUUUCUGAAUCUGUUACCAUUAUUAAAGCCAAGUAUUCAUUCUGAAGCUAUUUCUAAUAUUCUGCUUCUUCUAAAAGGAACAGAUCUUACUCCUGAGAUAGUAUCUUCCUUACUCUGCAUGGAUUGCCCUACUUCUAUCAAAGAGAAACCUAAACAGCUCAGCACGUGCUUGUUGCGAUACUGGAGUUUCGACUAUAGUAAAGAAUUGGCAAAAAUCGUAUGUGGCCACAUUGAGAAGAAUUUAUCCACAUGUAAUCGUAGACGGCAACUCAAAGGUGGCAACCAAAACCAACCAACCAUGGAACAGAUACUGGUUCAACUUGAAUGUUUCUACGAACUUUGUCAGCAACAACAGAACUUGGAUUUCUUCAAACAAGACAUCGUGAAGCGCUCACUCGAGAAAGUGAAGCAACAUUGUACGAAUUCCGUUCAGCAAAAGUUCCAACUGCUGUUCUCUGUUUGUGAAGGACAGGAGACGAAAAGAAGGAACAACAGGAUGUCCAAAAUUAUUGCAACCCAAAUUGCCGAAGCAGAGUCGAGCUCGGAAAGUGAAGAGGACGAGGAACCAAGGAAAAGACCGGCAAAACGAAAGCGGAAACAAAGUCCGGACUUUGAUUCAGAUGACAGUGAUGAAUAAGAUUGACGGUUAGGUUUUAAAUACACGCAGUUGAUAUUCCAGAUAGACUUUGUUGCACAUAGAUUGACAUAGUUGACAUUUCAAACACACUUUUUAUAUUGUUCGCAUUAUAACUGUAUGUGUGGUUCUGGGAAAGAGUAAGAGACGUGGUACACUACAGGUAUCACCACAACCGCCGAUGCUUCCUCUCGCCCGAGAAAACGUGUCUUGUUUUCGUGUCAAAACUUUCAAGAAUGCGACCACAUUCCUGCUAUUAAAAUGUCAAACAAUUACUAGCUAAUUUCAGCACAAUUUCCCGCAGACCAAUCAGACGUUGCCAUUUCCAAAUUGUCGAUUUCGCGAGGUUGGGAAUGUAGCAUUCCUGGAUGUUUUGACACGAAAACAUGACACGUUUUUUUGGGCGAGAGGGAGGAUCCGCGAUUUUUACAUGCACACCUAGUAACAUUUCUUUAGUAACAGAAAAUCUAGUAACAUUUCUCUUGUAACAGAACUCUUACAUUUCUCCUUACAGAAUACAGUUUUCGCAACUUGAAUACAAAAGCCUAAUUUCCAUUCAGUUGGAACAAAUUGUAGUCACCAUGUGAAAUGAUUUAGUUAUUUUCUUUACUGCAUGUAAAUCGACCUAUACUGAUUGCAAAGAUAUAUUGACACUCAAUAUACUGUAUAUAUCGGGACAUUCAUGCAAACGUCCCAACGAAAUGGAAACCAGGCUUAGCAUUGCACUUAUAGUCGUAUGAAUUGUAUUCAUAAUGUGUUGUUUAGUUUUGUAUAAUUAAAAACGUGUUUCACAUUGGUUUAAAGAUUAUGAAUUGAUUUCCUUUGCAGACUUGAAUAGCGAUAUAUAUAUGACUGUUUUGUGAAAACACCACGUAAGGUCCAC